ACUAGGCGAGGUGAAAUUAGGAAUUCCAAACUUGCUUCGAUGGUGAGCAAGUCGUAUAUCACCAUAACUCUAAUGAUCAUUAGGGUGAUCAGGACCGCCGGACCAAUGUAUAUAAGGUGCCUACCAAGGCAUGCAUGAAUGUAUAAGUAGCCCUCGUCAAUUUACCAGCGCCCAUCAUGACUAUACGGCCUAAACCUACCACCAAACGGCUGCCUCAUGCUCCGCGUAUACCUGAUGACCGUUGGGACCAGCUCAAGCCUUAUUUGGAACAACUGUAUUUGGUCGAAAAUCUGCCAGUGAAAGUGGUAAUGCAUCGGACACGAACUGAAAAGCGUUUCAAUGCCUCGGAAAAACAAUAUCGAUACCGCUUUGAGAAGUGGAAGUGGACGAAGUAUAGAAACGAGAAAUCCGACCAGACCACGAGCAACACCAUGCAUGAAGGUUAUCAGAGAAGCGACAUCGAAUAUGAAGGCGAUAUAACUACUAGAAGAUAUAGGAACUUGUGUGAUCAGUUUUUAUGCGUCUUCAAAGAACCCUGCUACCAGGUCCUUACAGAAGACCUUCACAAAUUGGUAGAAGAAGUAGUGGAAACGUAUGAGCAAUCGACAAGACUCAACAUACCGAUUUCUAUGGAGAACAUCAUCCAGGAUCUAUUAUUCCGCAUACUACAGUACGAUGCACACUGGAUUGAUUUCGUUUCUCAUGUUCGAUUCAAUGCAGUUCUUGGGAGGGUCAUAGAGCGCCUUGGUAACGAGGGGCCUAAGAACAGGGAAGACCCAGAGGACGCCCACUAUUACAGACCUAUCGUCGCCAAGUUCCAUAUCAUCGAGAAGAACCCGCGGUAUUUUUACCCACGACACGAUUCUUCGACUGCUGAUUAUAUAUGGAAUCUUUUCUGCUGGGUUCGGCAGCAGCUGCAGGACGUGCCGUCUUGGGCUGAUAGGCUUGCCCAUUUUAACAUGCUGCCGCUCGAAUUGAGCAAAGAUAGUGACGCCAACGUGCCAAAGCACCAAGUCCAGCUAUUCGUAUACUUGUUCGAACGGUGGAUGCAAGGUACACGAAGUCAUCAGUGCUAUUGGGAGCAAUUAUCCGGGCUAGCAAAGUUCACUAUCUCCCCAGCAGAAAUGCUCCGCACCAUGAGCUCCUGCAUUCUGAGUGCCGCACCGCAAGAAGAGGCUCCGGAAUCAACGACUGAUCCAGGAAAGGAUUAUGGCGCGCUGAUCUACUUUGCUCAACGCGGCAUAAUAGCCAUCGAGAAUGAUUUUCAAAUAAGUAAAGACAAUAAAGACGAGCUAGUUGCGCAUUUCUUGGGGCAUUUUAUUUGGAAGCAUGACCCACGUCACUUGAUUGACAGCGAGCAGAGCCAGUUCGAAGCUCAGGCUCUAUCCGCCGCCAAAUUCUACGUCUCUAGUAUCUUGCUCAACGAGUCGGAUAACGAUAGCUAUAUGAUGAUUAAUACUGAUUAUGAAGCGCAAGCACAGGUUGAAGGUUUACCUUAUGUCUCUCUCUGAACGCUUCAUGUGAGCAUGUGAGAGGAGAGGAGAGGAAAGGAGAGGAAAGGAGAGGAGCAUUAUUUAGCAACUCGACUUUAUAAUUAUGAAAGCCAAUAGUCUCCUUAAAAAUAGAUCUUAUCUUCGUAUACACUAGCCUUUGUCCUUAUGAUUAGGUAUUUUACUCGCAGUGGUGUACUAUCCCGAAAGACGUAAUUGAGCCUCCUUUGGAUUCUUGCUGCUUCAAACGUACGAGACAUAAAUAGUAGUCAGCAGUUCCUAGAGAUAAUUACCCAUCGCCAAGAUAUUCUAAGCGGCGUUCAUACCUUAGACUGGCUUGAUUUGGUUGCUUAAAGAGUUUGUGCCUCAACAUUGGAGUGCAACACAGGACACAUACGCAUCUUUAGGAGGAUCCCAUUGUAUUUUCCCCCUAAGUAUUUGCCCAUGUCGUUCGAUGCCUGGUUCGACAUCGAAAUUGAGAAGGACGACGCCGGCCUAUGUAUAGGUAGGUAGGGUUAGGUACCUAAGGUAGGUAAUGAUGUUAAAGGAAGGAAGCGUAAAAUUCGAUGCAACGGAUCGGAAGAAGAACGGCCAAAGUUAGAUAACUCGUGUACUACAUGUACUACAUGUACUACUAGUACAUACAUACAUAUGUAGUAGGCUUCUUCACUUUAGCGGCAACAAUUGAUACCCGUGGACAUCUAAUCGUAUCUUAGUCGGAACCUUGGAAGCCAUUAUGAUU